GAAACAGUGCAACGCUUAAAGAAAUACCCUUUGCCAAGUGUUUAUUGUAAGGUAAACGUUGUCAAGAUGAGUUUCUUUUCGCCCCCUCCAUCCUCUAGACUUCUGACUGGUCUAUGUGCUGUGUACGCUAUGCUUCUUCUCACCAUCAUAGUCCUCAUUGUGGCUCUAAGAAGCCCAGGGCAAAGUGAGCCGGAUCGAACUCUAGAGAAACAGCUGGGCAAUCUGAGUGCGAUGGUUAGCGCACAAGUGGAGCGUUUGUCUCAGGAUGGUGGUAAAUUUAUGGAGAAACUAAACCAAAUGGACACAUCUGUCCAGAAUAUUAUCAAUGACAAGUCAAAAGAUCAGAUGAAAUCAGGUUUGGAAGAUGUAAUGGUUGCUUUAGGGAAACUGUCAGAUCGAGUGAAGAAGCUGUUACUUAAUGGUACUUCGGAGAUAACCUGCCCCGAUGGGUGGCUGUAUUACUCUUUGAGCUGUUACUUCAUCUCAAAAGUUGGAAAGUCCUGGGAAGAAUCUUCAAAAAUAUGUAAAGACAAGAAUUCUCACUUGGUCGUGGUUAAUUCAGAAGAAGAGCAGCACUACGUAGUGGCUCUUUCCAAGCAGCAAUAUACUUGGAUUGGACUGACAGAUGAAAAUGGGCAGUGGAAAUGGGUUGACGGGACACCAUAUGCCUCUACACCAAAAUUCUGGUCUCUUGGCCAGCCGGAUGAGUAUUACGGGCACGGUCUUGGAGGAGGAGAGGACUGCGCCCAUAUUUACCUCCGUGGAGACUGGAAUGAUAACCAUUGCUCUCGUAGCCUACGGUACAUUUGUGAGAAGGAAAUCUAGACUGCACGUGGACUAGACCCUCGAAGGGGCAACGAGGGGAGAACAAGGCAGAAAUCCUGAGAUUUUCAGAGUUCUGUUCUCCCCACUGUAACCUGGGCAUAGAAAACGAUCAUCAACUCCAUCCACCGAGGAUACUGUCAAUGCACCUCCAUCCUGCCCUGCAGCUCUCUCUGCUAUUCCUGUACUGACCCCC